AUGCGCUCACCAACUACUCUCCUCCGUCUUUUCCGCACCUCAAGCGGCCAUCUCCCCCGAACUCGGAUUUCAAUCAAAGUUCCAUCUCCUUUCAGCACCUACAACCCAUUAUCACUCUCCUCGAGAGCCAGCACUUUAUACGCGUACAACACCCGAAGAUACAACUCCAGCUCCUCCGACGCAGCAGACCCCAAUCUACGACCACUAACCGACCGCGUACCCAGCGCAUCUACCGACGCAGCCAACGCCGAACAAAACGCCGCACGGAGAGCAGAAGAACCAGCUUAUCGUAUUGUAUUCACAUGCAAGCCCUGCGGUGAACGGUCGGAUCAUCAAAUGUCCAAGCAUGGAUAUCACAAGGGCACAGUGUUGAUUACGUGCCCGUCAUGCAGCGCGCGCCACGUUAUUAGUGAUCAUCUCGGGAUAUUUAUGGAUGAGAAGAGUUCGUUGGAGGAUAUCUUGGGUACGAAGGGUAUGAGGAUUACCAAGGGCGUUUUGAAUGACGAUUUGGAGAUUUGGGAGGAUGGGUCUGUGUAUAAGGCUGGGUCGAAUAAGGAGGGUGUUGAUAUCAGCUCGGAUGUCAGUCCCAAGGAGACGCCUUGA